UUCGCGCAGUAAUAAUGGCAAUCUCGUCUAACGAUCAACCGGUACAAGAUACUACUUACCUUCAAGAUUACGAAUACAGUAUCCAACUGAAUCGCUGGUUCCUAAAACCAAUCGGAGUUUGGCCGAAAUUAACAGACUCCACGAGGACCGAGAAAUUGUUGUUAAAAGUGUUAAACAUUGUCUGUCACUCGUUGAUCAUCUUCACCUUCGCACCCUGUUUACUGUUCAUCCUGUUCGAAGAGACGAGCAUGCAGACGAGGAUAAAAGCAAUCGGACCCAUGAGCCAUUGGUUAAUGGGUGAAUUAAAUUAUUGUUUCCUGAGCAUGAAGACCAAGGAUAUUCUUCACUGUAUACAACACAUAGAGAACGACUGGCAGAUGGUCAAACGAGCCAGCGAUCGUGAGUUGAUGCUGAAGAACGUCAAAAUUGGACGUCUAAUCGCUUGUGUCGCAGCGAUCUGCAUGAAUCUCGGUACCUGUUCUUACAACGUAAUCACAGGAUUUCAAAAGAUAGUGUUUCAUGUGGGAAACGAGAGUUUCUCCAUGUAUCGGUUACCUUGUCCGUUCUAUACAAAGCUGAUGAACGUCAGAUUUAGUCCGGUUAACGAACUCGUUUUCACUCUCCAACUAUUCUCUGGAUUUAUCGUGAAUUCUGUAACCGUUGGGGCUUGCGGUUUGGGUGCAGCUUUAGCGAUGCACGCUUGUGGUCAGCUGAACGUGAUGAUGUCCUGGCUGAACGAUCUGGUUGGUACUAAAGAAGAAGAACAAAAGAAUGUUAAAAAGAAGUUGGCGAAUAUCGUGGAACAUCAUCUACGUACGUUGAGUUUUGUAUGGAAUAUAGAGAACAUAAUGAAUCUAAUAUGUAUGGUUGAAUUAGUUGGAUGUACAUUAAAUAUAUGCAUGCUGGAAUAUUAUCUUGUUACGGAAAAAUCGAAGGAAACCGUAGCGAUAUAUGCAAUUAUAUACGCGUCCAUGAUUUUCAAUAUAUUUAUAUUUUGUUAUAUCGGUGAGAAGCUUACGGAACAGUGCAAACAAAUUGGAGAAAGAGCAUACAUGACGGAAUGGUAUCGUUUACCUCACAAAACUGCUCUCAGUUUAGUUAUGAUAAUCUCGAGAUCGAGCAUGGUGAUCAAAAUCACUGCUGGAAGAUUCAUACGGAUCUCCCUUGCAACCUUUGGCGACGUGUUGAAGACGUCUUUCACUUAUUUCAAUAUGCUUCGAACAGUCGCGACUUGA